AUGAAAACUAAAAAAUGUACAGUAGAGCCGACUCCUGAGCCACCUCCGCCAGAUCCAUGUAAGUUGCAGCGUAUUAGGCAAAAAGAAAAGGCAGGAAUCAAAAUAUGCCCUCCCAAACCGAUUGAACCGCCAGAACCUAUCGCUCCUUGCCUCGCAAUCUGUAUAGAGAAAAUAAAAAAUCCACCAUACACCACUUCUCCUAGCCAGGCCAUUGUUUGUGUUGUAGAAAGAGAAAAGACUGGAACCUCUCGAUGUGACGCGAUAGAAGCUUUAACAGCUGCCGGUCGAGAUCUACCUCACCCUUGUCAAAAACAACCUCAGCCCCCUCCACCACCACCACCUCCAGAACCAAGCCCCUGUGAAGUACAGAAGAAACAACAAAAACUAGCCGCGUGCAAGGAGAAAUACAAACGAUUCAGUCGAGAGCUUACCAUAGAUACUGAUGAAACGAGAACAUUGACGAUUGAGUCACCAGAAAGAUCAGAAGUCCCAGAGUCUAUGACCGAUAUUGAUAGUAAAAUAUUUUACCUGGAAAAUUUAAUAAAGCGACUACAAGGCGAAAUUGAUGAUAUGUAUAAUAAUGCAGAUGAUACGAUUAAAACAACAUUAUCAAUCAACUCUGUUACUGUUGAAAACUUAGAUGCCCAGCACACCAAAGGCACCAGUCAAGUUUAUCCUUUAAUUUUAACUGACGUAGAUCCACCGUUAGCUGAAAAAUCGGAGACUUUUAAAAAUGAAAAGGCUGAAUUGAUUAAUUGUGGCAGAUCACAAUCCAUGGAUUCGUUAUCUUCAAUUGGGAAAAACUUUGCUCUUCUCUGGAAUUUUGAGGACGUAGCGAGGGCGGAUAACGCGAUGUCUAGCAGAGAUGGCGAUAACACUAUACCAGGAAAACUGUGA